AGUUUCGGGAAGGGAACGGCAGAUGGCGCGCUCGCGCGUCGCGCCCGGAUUCGCCGUCUACGUGCGUUCGGUGAUACAGGACGGUGCGUGUACUGUGCCGCUGACAAUGAGCCGCGGCGGUGACUGUGAUAAGUGAUCCGCGUAAAAGCCAUCUUCGGUGCUGAAAACGCGAGCAGUGGCAGUGGAGAAAGAUCGCACUUCGGCCGCUGGAUAGUGCACGUCUCUUGAUGACUCGCGCUUUACGUGGGCCGCAGGCAAGCCGGAGCUCGCAAUUAUGUUCGAUGUACCGCAAAAGUUCUACGAGCUGUGUCGCCUUUGUUUAUCCCCGGAUGGUGUCAAGUGUUCCAUAUUCGAGGAGGAGGGCACUCAGCGGAACUUCGCCGAAAAGAUACUGACGUGCCUGUCAAUCGCGGUAAAAGAUGACGAUUCCUUACCACCCAUCAUCUGCCACCGAUGUGUAUAUAAAUUGGACGUGCUGCACAACUUCCGCGAAGUGUCGCAAAAGUCUGAUAUCUUACUCAAACAGUACCUGGAUUAUGCCAAGCAACUGUCGUCUUCUGACGAACAGAAAGAGUCUUUCUCCACUGCCAAAGUAGCGGGCGAGGGCCCUCUGCAAUCGUUCCUCGAGUUGAAUAAAACACUGUUCAAUGAGGAGCCUAACUCCGAGCCGGCCAGCAUUAAUCAAAACAUAAUACCUCAAACUCAAACGCAUCAUCUAGAGUUGCAAAGCAGGGAUAUGCCAGAACAUGAUAAUAUUAAGUGCGAGCCAGAGGACGACACGUGUUCCAAUAAUAGUUCCGAUCCCGAACGGUUAGAGAUUGAAGAUCGCGAUGAGCAGGAAAUCGAGAGCGAAGAGAAUGGUUACGAUAUGACCGUCAGUAAGAGGAUUAAACUGGAGAGUAACUACGACGGUUCCGAGCCCAACACAGCGAAUUGCAGUCCAGUUAAUCGAAUGGACACUCCGGAGAGCAAUUAUUCCGAUACCAACAUCGAUCAAGAAACGACAAAGCUGUGGCAAGUUCUAGCCAACAAUAGAAGCUUGGAAAUUACGCGAACGAACGGUGACAAGGUGAAUAAUGGAUACCCUGGCGAAGCGACCAAUCUGUUACGCUCUUUAAUCAAUAACAGGCAGAUUGGUAUCACCGCCGUCGAUUCCGAAAAAAUAUCUUCGCAAAUUAGAUUCUACAGGGAUACCCAAGGAACGACCAUCGAGCGUACGCUAACCGAUUUCCCUGUGCUGGGUAAUCGUACCAAUAUAGCAACUUUAGAGAAUAAGAGUGCCUCGGUAGAUAGUAAUCCAUCUAGCCCUGCCAGCAUCGGUCGUAAGGAAACUGCGACAACGACAAAGGGCCGUAGGAAGCAGAGUUAUCCGAGCAAGGCUCCAGCGAGCCCGGACGUUGUCGCCAAUUACCAACAAGAACACAACAAUGAGGAACAAGCAUACGAUUUUACCACGUGGUCGAACAAGAUAAAGAGCAAGAUGGAUGAUCCGAAGCAACAAUUCGAGCAACAAGGUGGCAACGUAGCGAAGAAGGUCGACAUGUCCUGUACAAAUUGUGGCACCAUGACAACCACUAUUUGGAGAAGAAACAUGAAAGGCGAGAUGGUGUGCAACGCUUGUGGGUUGUACUACAAGCUGCACGGUGUUAAUCGUCCAGUUACUAUGCGAAGGGAUACCAUACACACGCGCAGACGUAGACCCAAAGGCGAGAAGCCAACCAGGCAUAGAAAAAAAGGAGAUGGGAUCUUGGCGUCUCAAUCAACAACAGAACAAAUGGAUGCCGAGAGUGCAGACAUGUUGGUGGCUCUUCGACGGCAGAUCCAGCCUCACCUGAUGAUGGCAGGAUACGCGCCUGCACGCAUACCCUGCGGCCAUCCAGCGCCCGCUGCUUACACAAACCCCUUGUCUAGUUACAUGCUUCACCACGUGAAAGUCGAGGAGCGCGUGGAACGACACGUAUCCGUCGAGACCGAGGAGGGCGACGAGGAAAAUGUCUCCGACGUUCCUCUAAAUCUGGUGGCGACCUCGCUGUCAGAGGAGACGCACUGAGAACAAUCCGGCUGAGCUUCGCGCCUAGGUAUGCUUUAACAAGAGCUCUCUAGACAGCGUAGUUCGUACAAUGACGUUUACUUCGGAAUGGACACCUGCGUCCUACCCGGCAGACAGCGGUGGGACGCCUAACGUCCUACCCCCGAAUGCUUUUACCCAGGGAAUGAUUUGCACUGGGGAUUGCGACGACGCUCCGUCUUCGGAAGAGAACUAUUGAAUUUGCGCCACGGCAUAGCGCGCGCGAUGGAACGAGAUGAUAUUAAUAACGCAGUAUUAAUUAUUCAAGAUGUACAUAUAUACACGUACACGUAAAUGCGCGCGUGCGCGCAUAUAUACGCAUGAGUAUGCAUACGUACAUACAUACACGAGACACCGGCAAGCAUAAGACACACAUGGAAAUACAUGAGAAGAUAUUUUUAUACAAAAUUUUGUACGCUCGCCCGUUGUACAUAGACGUACCGCGGAUCCAGUCGUGGUGCCGCUCGGAACUGCUCGUCGUUGUCGUCAUCCAUUUUGUUACUCCAUUUUCUACAUGGAUAGCUCUCGAUCGGUGAUCUUAACGGCGACGACGACGGUUUCUCCAGUAACGUAUCGACAACACCAUUUGAUUUCGACACUCGUACGCGUUACGUUCCAAAUUUUAAACCUUUUUUUUAUUUUGCAUGAGUGAGCAUGUACGUUGCACAAUGAAUUUUAAAUUUUUAAAUAUUAAAUCUUUUAUUUUAAAACGCUUUGUAAUACUAACAAGAUAAAGAAUACCGCGAUCAAUUUUUAAGUAAUUUAAUAUGAAUGAGUAAUUGAGUAUAAUUUUAUAUCUUAAAUGUUAAUAUUCAUUUUUUGUAAUAUAAUUUUGUUAGUUAUACUUUAUUUUCUUUAUUAUUUUUUAAUAAUAAUUUAAAAUUACUUCAAUUGAUGAUCCUCGCGUGCUGAUUAAUAUAUUAAUUUCAAAAGUAUCAAAACGAUAAUAAAAUUAGCAAUUUUAUUUCUAGUUACAUAAAGGAAUCAUUGGCCCUGUUCAGCAGACUCGACAGUUGGGCAACGUUACUAGAUUUUCCGCUGAAUGACGCUCCAGGUUGGUCAUUCAACGUAAAAUCUAAUAACACUGUCCAACUGAUGAGUUUGCUGAACGCAGCUGUUAAUAUAUUUUUGUUAACAAAUCGCAUGUUUAUUCAAAAACAGAAAUCCGAUAUGAACAGAAUUAAUUAUUAACUAUUUCAAUUGAUUUAAUGGGAUAAGAAAAAAAAUCGAUAAAUAAAUUGUAUUAAUUGCUUUAUUUUAACUACACUGUGACUUGAUAUAACGUUCAUUUCGUACGCAAGGUUUCAACGACGAGAGAUUUAUGCGGUUUGACAAUAAGGGAUAUAGAGAAUAAUUAACGCGGUAGAACGAUUCGGAGUAUAAUACAAUAGCAAAAUAAAAAAUUACCAUCUAACGUCGCAAAAA